AUGAGAAUGAAUAAUAGUUUUGAUAGAUCUAGUGACUGUGUGAUUGGUGAUGAUGCUGAUUUUGGAACUAAGUUGCAAAGUUAUGUGGAUUGGACUGGUUUGCCUUGUGAUACAGUCCUCGAUCUGUUUACUCGUUUAAAUUAUCACGAUCGAGCUAGCUUAGCAUCAACUUGUAGCAAAUGGAGAAACCUUGGUGCUUCUUCUUACUUGUGGAGUUCCUUGGAUACUCGUCUCUACCAGUUCAAUCCUUCAAUUGCAGCUUCUCUUGCACCUAGGUGUGCUUAUCUUAAGAAGCUUAGGUUCCGUCACGGUGAAUCUGCUGAAGCCAUCGUUCAUUUACAAGCAAAGCAUCUGGUUGAGUUAAGCGGCGAGUAUUGUAGGAAGGUAACAGAUGCUACAUUGUCUAUGAUUGCAGCUCGCCAUGAUGCUCUUGAGUGCCUCGAGCUUGGACCGGACUUUUGUGAGAACAUCACUAGUGAAGCUAUAAAAAUUGUAGCCUUUUGCUGUCAAAAACUUAGAAAGCUUCAUCUAUCUGGACUGAAAGAUGUUAGCUCUGAGGCUGUUGAGUGUUUGGCCAAAUACUGUACACAGCUCAGUGAUCUUGGAUUCUUAGAUUGCUUCAAGAUCGACGAAGAAGCACUCGGGAAAGUGGUAUCUGUUCGAUACCUCUCUGUUGCUGGAACAAGCAUAGAUUGGAAUGUUGCAACAGAGAAUUGGAAGAGGCUUCCCAACUUAAUCGGUUUGGAUGUCUCUAGAACCGAUAUCGACAAGACUGCAGUUUCAAGGUUGUUGGAAUCAUCGUCGAGCUUGGAAGUUUUGUGUGCUUUAUUCUGCGAUUCUCUCGAAAGUUUCAGCUCCAACAGAGUCAGAGGAAAGGUCUUGCUCGCACCGUUUACCGACAUUUUCGAUGAGCUAGCUUCUAUAUUCGCCGAUGACUCAAAGAAACCAAAGGACGUUUUCUCUUACUGGAGAGGUGUGAUAAGCAAGGAUAAAUGCAUUGACGAAAAGAUGCGUUGGAUCGAGUGGAGUAUUUCUCAUACACUUCAAAGAUGUUCAGAGAGCAUUAUACCGGGAUUUGACGAUUUCUGGGUGAGUCAGGGAGCUAAGUUGCUUCUAAGUUUAUUGCAAAGCUCACAAGAAGAUGUCCAAGAGAAGGCGGUCAAAACACUCGCGACAUUUAUUGUGAACGAUGAUGAUGAUACAGCUAGUCUUGAUUUUGAAAGAGUCGAAGCAGUUAUACGAGGCGGAGGGAUCAGAAUCCUUCUACAACUCGCAAAAUCUUCGCAAGAUGCUAUUCAAUCAGAAACUGCAAAGGCUAUUGGACACUUGUCUUCAAAUGCUAACGUUGCAAAGACCGUAGCUGAACAAGGAUGGAUCAGUGUUCUUAUUGGUUUAACAAAGUCUACGACUAAACUUGUCGCUGAAGAAGCUACUGGUGGACUAUGGAAUCUCUCUGUAGUAGAAGAGAAUAAGUACGCGAUUGCUCAAGCUGGAGGAGUGAAGGCAUUAGUCGAGCUUAUCUACAGAUGGACAAUUGCCUAUGGUGUAAUUGUGGUACCGAAUUUAUCAACAAACCGAAAAUGUAGCGAGGAAGUUGUUAGAGCUGGAGGUGUGCAUGCUUUGGUGAUACUAGCUCGAGAUAGCGAGCAUGAUGGUGCAAAUGAACAGGCUUCUCGUGCUUUGAGGAAUAUAUCUGCUUAUCGUAAUAGUAACAAUAAUAUUACUAUUAUUGGACAAGUGCCUGGUGCAAUAGAAGCUCUUGUUAAACUUACUAAAUCGAUUCUUGAUUCGGUUAAACUUGAAACUGCUGGUGCUCUUUGGAAUUUGUCAUUCGAUGAGAAGAAUCGAGAAUCCAUUGCUGCAGUUGGUGGUGUUGAAGCCUUGGUGGCACUUGCAAAUUCCUGUUCAGAUGCAUCCACAGGUGUGCAACAGAGAGUAGCUGGUGCUCUUUGGGGACUAGCUGCCUCACAAGCAAACAGCAUUGCAAUUGGAGAUGAAGGUGGUAUUCCACCUCUACUUGCUCUUGCACAGUCGGAAGUUGGGGAUGUACAAGAAACUGCUGCAGGAGCUCUUUGGAAUCUUUCUUUUCAUCCAAGUAAUGCUCUCCGGAUCGUGGAGGAAGGAGGAGUUAUGGCACUUGCUGACAUCUGUUCGUCUUCUCAGUCCAAAUUGGCUCGUUUCAUUUCAGUAUUAGCAUUGGCUUACAUAUUUGAUGGAAGGAUGGAUGAAAUGAUAAAGACUACAUCGGAAAGUACAUCGAAAAGUUUUAUCGCGGAUUGUAAAAGCAAGGCUUUUAGAUCCAUUGAAGCUUUUAUUAGGACUUUUAUGGAACCUGUAAUCUUUGCACCUGCUGCUUUAUCAUUUGCACCACCUAUGUUAGCAAAAUAUUCAGCGAAAGUUCGAAUCCAUGAAGCUGGUCACUUGAAAUGCACUGCUGCCGAAAUUGGAAGAUUUGUUACAAUGCUGCGGAACCAGUGUGGUACACUCAGAUCAUGUGCAGCUUUUGCACUUCUGCAGUUUACAUUACCUAAAGGUCGUCAUGUGAGGCAUCACACAAGCUUGAUGCAAAACGCUGGAGGUGCUAGAGUCUUACGUUCUACAGCUGCAGCUUAUAACCUGUCUCGUGAAGCUAAGAUAUAUCUGAAGAUUGUGCUUAACAAUCUCGAGAACCAUACAAGUGAAGCCAAAGCAGAGAAUCAAGCUCAUGCUGCAUAA